AUGACAGCUGUUCAGAGGAAGCAUGGAAACGUUUUUGGAGUUGUGCAGAUCCAGACAUUUAAUGUUGAGGCACCAUGCCAGACCGUGGAAGAUUUAACGAGUGGGGUUGUGAUGGCCCAGGUUCUUCAAAAAAUAGAUCCAGUUUACUUUGAUGAAAAUUGGCUGAACAGGAUCAAAACAGAAGUAGGAGAUAAUUGGAGGCUAAAGGUAAGCAACCUGAAGAAAAUUUUAAAAGGAAUACUGGAUUAUAACCAUGAGAUUCUAGGGCAACAGAUUAAUGACUUCACCCUUCCUGAUGUUAACCUGAUCGGAGAGCAUGCUGAUGCUGCUGAGCUCGGGAGAAUGCUUCAGCUGAUUUUGGGAUGCGCUGUUAAUUGUGAACAGAAACAAGAGUACAUCCAGACCAUAAUGAUGAUGGAAGAAUCAGUUCAACAUGUUGUCAUGACAGCCAUUCAGGAGUUGAUGAGUAAAGAGUCUCCCGUCUCUGUUGGAAAUGAUGCUUACGUUGACCUUGAUCGGCAGCUGAAGAAAACUACAGAAGAAUUAAAUGAAGCACUAGCAACAAAAGAAGAAAUUGCCCAGAGAUGUCAUGAGUUAGAUAUGCAGGUUGCAGCCCUCCAGGAGGAGAAAAGCAGCUUACUCGCUGAGAACCAGAUUUUGAUGGAACGUUUAAAUCAAUCUGAUUCUAUUGAAGAUCCCAAUAGCCCUGCAGGUCGUAGGCAUUUGCAGCUGCAAACACAACUAGAACAACUCCAAGAGGAAACAUUCAGAUUAGAAGCUGCCAAAGAUGACUAUCGAAUACGCUGUGAAGAACUAGAAAAGGAAAUUGCUGAAUUGAGACAACAAACAGAAGAACUUACUACGUUGGCAGAGGAGGCUCAAUCUUUGAAAGAUGAAAUAGAUGUACUCAGGCAUUCUUCUGAUAAAGUAGCCAAGUUAGAAAGCCAGGUAGAGUCAUACAAAAAGAAAUUGGAAGAUCUGGGUGAUUUGCGACGGCAAGUGAAACUCUUAGAAGAGAAGAAUACAAUGUACAUGCAAAAUACUGUGAGCCUGGAAGAAGAACUACGGAAAGCCAACGCAGCACGCAGUCAGCUGGAAACAUACAAGAGACAGGCAGUUGAACUACAAAACAGGUUAUCUGAAGAAUCCAAGAAAGCUGAUAAAUUAGAUUAUGAAUGCAAACGACUGAAAGAAAAAGUAGACAGCCUCCAAAAAGAAAAAGAUAGAUUAAGAACAGAAAGAGAUUCUCUGAAAGAAACCAUUGAAGAGCUUAGAUGUGUACAAGCUCAAGAGGGUCAACUCACCACAACAGGAUUGAUGCCUCUGGGAAGCCAAGAGCCUUCAGACAGUUUAGCAGCAGAAAUUGUUACUCCUGAAAUAAAGGAGAAACUCAUUCGCCUUCAGCAUGAGAACAAGAUGUUAAAGUUGAACCAAGAAGGUUCUGACAAUGAAAAGAUUGCCUUGUUGCAGAGCCUUCUUGAUGAUGCAAACUUACGGAAGAAUGAAUUGGAGACAGAAAACAGACUGGUAAAUCAGAGACUUCUUGAAGUGCAGUCCCAGGUUGAAGAGCUGCAAAAAUCUUUGCAGGAUCAAGGUUCAAAAGCUGAAGAUGCUAUUUCAGUUCUUCUGAAAAAGAAGCUUGAAGAACAUCUUGAGAAGCUCCAUGAAGCUAACAAUGAGCUACAGAAGAAACGAGCUAUUAUUGAGGAUUUGGAACCAAGAUGCAAUAACAGUUCACUCAAAAUUGAAGAAUUACAAGAAGCUUUAAGGAAAAAGGAAGAGGAAAUGAAGCAAAUGGAAGAGCGAUACAAAAAGUAUUUGGAAAAGGCCAAAAGUGUCAUCCGCACUUUAGAUCCUAAGCAGAACCAGGGUUCAGCUCCUGAGAUUCAAGCUCUGAAAAAUCAAUUGCAGGAGCGGGACAGAAUAUUUAAUUCAUUAGAGAAAGAAUAUGAAAAAACAAAAAAUCAAAGAGAGAUGGAGGAGAAAUUUAUUGUUAGUGCCUGGUACAAUAUGGGGAUGACUCUGCAUAAAAAAGCAGCAGAAGAUAGACUGGCUAGUACAGGCUCAGGACAGUCCUUCCUGGCUAGACAACGGCAAGCCACGAGCACAAGGAGAUCUUACCCUGGUCAUGUCCAGCCAGCAACAGCAAGGUAGAGAAGCCUUGCCCUUAAAAAGAAAACUGCCCUGUGAUCCAGGCCACUUCUGUUGCAAGUGACAACAUUCAAGGAAAACCAACCAGCAUCCUUUCUCUUUCUCCCUUGUUACUACUAUUAUUUUACAGUCCAGGAAAGGGUUUUCUUAUGUUUUAUCAUUGUUCUGUAAUGCCCUUUGCUUAU